AUGGGGCAGGCCAUAUUGAAAUUGCUAGGUGCACUGUUGCUUUUGCAAUCUGCACUCGCCGACACCAAUGAUCAAACCAAUGCGCCAGUCGAUCGAGGAUCUUUCAAAGACCCAGCUGCACGUCUCCGACCCCGUUUCCGUUACUGGCUUCCGGAUGCUAGUGUCGACCCAGAAAUUGUACAGGAGGACAUCAAAGCAGCCGGUGCCAUAGGUGCUGGUGGAGUUGAGUUCUUACCCUUCUACAACUAUGGCGGUGCACUGGGAUCUGAGCCUGCUGGUGGUGAUUGGUCUAAGUAUGGAUUUGGCACAGCUGCGUAUAAAAAAAUAUUUCUAGCUGCACUGAAAGCACACAAAGAGGCUGGGUUAGCUAUGGACUUUGCAUUGGGCCCAAAUCAGGGACAGGGUGUGCCAGCAGAUCCAAAUGAUGAGGGUCUCAUGUGGGAUCUAGUAUCUUCCUCUGCUGUUUUUUCAUCGAAUGGACAAUUCGAUGGUGUCGUACCUGGUUGGGGUACUGGUGAAUUGGUUGCGCUGGUGUCGGCUGAAGUUCUCACAUCAAAGAAUCGCACCCUCCCAUAUGCUGAAGACUCGCUCAUUGGAACGCCACAGACAUGGUACUUGGAGUUAAUACUCAAAAAUGGAAGUCUGACAGAGUGGACUGAUAAAGUGUCUUCCGCGGGCCGAGUCUCGUUGAACUUGGCACCUGUUCAAACCUCUUAUCGACUCUUCGCAUUCUAUCAACUUCAGACACACAGUAAGAACCUGGAGUUCACAAAUCUCAAUGUCACGGACAUAACUGCCAAUGGCUCAUAUAUUGUGGACCAUUACAGUAGUCGUGGAGCCCAAGUCACUACUAAAUUUUGGGAGACUCACCUACUUGAUACGGAGACCUUAGAACUUCUCAAAGAGGUUGGCAACUACGCAUGGGAGGAUAGCAUUGAGAUGACCUCAGAUAUGGCGUGGACGCCUUCGCUUCCGGAUGUCUUCCAAUCAAAAAAUGGAUACAAUCUAAAUCCAUUCCUACCACUGGUGAUGUAUGGUGACAACAACAUCAAUAUCCAAAGUACCCAGCCCGGGUAUAUUCGAUGCCUCCUCAAUACUCCGGAUCAGGGACUUGGCUAUCUCAAUGACUUCCGAGGAGCCCUGGUGGAAGGGUAUCGCCAUUACCUGCAAGAGAUAACCAGCUGGGUGACAUCAAAACUCAACCUCCAAACGUCAGCGCAAGUCUCCUACAAUUUGCCCAUGGACAUGGAGGCAAAUAUCCCUUUUGUCAAUGCUCCUGAAUGUGAGAGCCUGCAGUUCGGCAACAACAUCGAUGGCUACAGACAAUUUUCUGGACCGGCAAACCUGGCUGGAAAACGUGUGAUAUCCAACGAGAUGGGAGCUGUCAUGCUCGAAUCCUACAACUACCCUCACUCCGAGCUUCUAUCCUCAGUCAAUCGUGCCAUCGCUGGUGGUGUCAAUCAGGUUGUGCUACACGGCCAAUCCUACACGGGUGAUUACUACGGGACUACGUGGCCAGGAUACACUGCCUUCAGCUAUGUCUUCUCCGACUCCUAUUCUAACAAACAACCAUCGUGGAAUCACGGCUUUGGUGACGUGUUGGAGUAUAUCGCCCGAGUGCAAUUUUUGCAGCAGUCUGGAAUUCCUCGUGUUGAUGUGGCCAUUUAUAACAAGGUCUCGGCCACAAAUCCCAAUUUCCCAACUUUGUAUGCUUCGGAUGAUUUGCUCAAUGCUGGGUACUCUUACACUUAUUUGUCCCCGGACAAUUUCGCGCUCUCCCAGGCCAAGGUUCAAGACAACACUCUAGGGCCUGAAGGCCCAGCACAUAAAGCUUUGAUUAUCACCAGUGAUAGCAAUGUCACCUUGGAAGGAGUCCGGUACAUCCGAAAGUAUGCUCAUGCCGGAUUGCCUGUCAUAUUCAGUGGUGGAGAACCAGGUGUGUAUGCGACGCAGGAUAAAAGCAUCAACUCGGCAGUCCAAAACGCGAUCCGUGCUCUGAAACGGUCAAAGAAUGUGUACAGUGUGUCCGCUGGCCAGGUCGCCAGGAAGCUUCAAUCUCUUCGCUUGAAGCCUCGUGUCGGUGUGCAAACCAAUGGCACCUGGUAUACCACUUGGCGAGAAGAUGCCCAGAACGCCAUGGACUAUGCAUUUGUGUUCUGUGAUACCAAUGCUUCGAGUGGCGUGGUGACCAUUACCAGCACCAAGACGCCCUAUUUCUUGAAUCCCUGGACCGGGGCGCAAUCCCCUGUGCUAAACUACCAACAGAAAGGGGGCCAGGUGAUCAUUCCACUCAACCUUGCAGGCAACCAAACGGUGAUUGUCGGGCUCACAGACGUCGGAAAAUCACCCAAAGUACAUAUUACUCAAGGAUCAUCUGCAGUGCUCGGCAUUAUUACUGGAAGUCCGAGUUCCAGCGCAGUCCUGCACGUCGGGGCCAGCUCAAUCACCCAAAAGAUCACUCUCUCCAGCGGUGAACAAGUCACACUACCCACCGGAAUCCACAGGCCCAUCCAACUAGCCAACUGGACGCUAGUAGCAGAGCAUUGGCAAGCGCCACAGAAUUUAUCAAGCGCAGCGACCGUUGCCGCCAAGCACAACACGACGCACCACCUGUCUUCGCUCCUCUCCUGGACCCAGAUAGACGGACUUAAAAAUGCUUCGGGCCUUGGCUACUACACUACAAGCUUUAGUUGGCCUUUGACCGGCAAAUCCGACUUGGCAGACGGCGCCUAUCUCGUUCUUCCGCCUAUUCAACAUGCUGCGAGGCUCUAUCUCAAUGGACACCAGCUACCGCCACUAGACCUCGCUGCUCCCCGUGCCGACCUGGGUCAAUAUCUCCAAAAGGGCGGAAACGAGGUCACAGUCGUGGUUCCCACCACGAUGUGGAAUUACAUUCGAAGUAUUUUUGGUGAAAUUAAGAGUGCUGGUACUGAGCCGCUGCUUAACUCCGUCACAUCCGUGACCCCACCGCGUAGUGAUAAUGGGCUUAUUGGUGAUGUGAGAUUGGUCCCUUAUGUCAAUGUGAGCCUCGAGGCGGACUAG